AUGCAUUACAGCUGCAGUGUUCUGGUCCUUUUGACCUUGCUCCUUGUAUCUCAGCUGCAAGCUCAGACCGAAUACAGCGAUACAAAUAUGACCCUUACUUCCACAGCUCUUGAUGCACAUAUUUGGGGAAACCACAGUCCUUCGUUCUCCAUGUGGGAAAGGCCCAAGCCCCCAUAUCAGACCUGCUUCAAUCUCGCCGAUGUGUUUGGUAAUGUCAGCAGCCCGUGGGACUACACAACCGAGAACGCGGCAUAUUACAACCUAAAAGGCAAUUUUACAUCCUUCACAUACAAGCAGCUCAACAGAACCGAUCCUGAAGUUGGUAAAACCGCUGCCAGACUUGUCAAGAUCUGGCCGUUGGAGGAUUGUCGCGAGAGUGACGGUCUUCCUUGGUAUGGAUUCAGCUGUCAGGACAACGGAACAGCAUUCGGCAUUCCUGGCGGGAUCAAGAGUUUCUCCAUCAUGGAUAGAGCCGCACCUAACAACGAAGAUCAAGAUCACUGUUGGACUUGGGCCAGGGAUGGUCAUUCGGCGGCAUCGACAAACUUCAAGGGCUGCUUUGCUGCAAUGACGGUUGCUGUGUUGUCUGCGAUCAUCUUGGUAUUGUAG